GAAUGCGGUCACGUUUCAGUCCUAGAGCUUCUUCCGUAUCAUCGUCCUGGACUGUGUUGAGGGCUUAACUUCUCAUUUCCCAAACUUCGCAUCUCAGAUCAGCCGACUUCAUUUCGGGUGUCCCCCCCUGCUAUGGCACCUCUAAAGUGCCUUCUUUCACUCCAAAGGACUACUUUAGCUCGGCAUUGUAGUCAGAAGUGGGGACUACACGUUAGAUUAUCUAGCACCCAAGCUGCAUCAACUUCUAAUACACCACAGCCCUCACCUCCUCCCCCGCCACCCGAAAAGACUCAUUUUGGUGGCUUGAAAGAUGAGGAUCGCAUAUUUACAAACCUUUACGGAUUGCAUGAUCCUUUUCUUAAGGGUGCCAUGACACGAGGUGAUUGGUACAGAACAAAGGACCUCGUACUAAAAGGCUCUGACUGGAUUGUCAAUGAGAUGAAAAAAUCAGGACUUCGAGGACGAGGUGGUGCAGGUUUCCCAUCUGGUCUGAAGUGGUCCUUCAUGCCAAAGACUUCUGAUGGACGUCCUUCGUAUCUUGUGGUCAAUGCUGAUGAGAGUGAACCUGGUACUUGUAAAGAUAGAGAAAUAAUGCGGCAUGAUCCACACAAAUUGUUGGAAGGCUGUUUGAUUGCAGGAACGGGAAUGAGAGCUAGUGCUGCUUAUAUUUACAUAAGAGGUGAGUAUGUGAAUGAAAGAAAGAACCUUGAGAGGGCUAGGGAAGAGGCUUAUAAGGCUGGGCUUUUAGGGAAAAAUGCUUGUGGAUCUGGUUAUGAUUUCGAUGUCCAUAUUCAUUUCGGCGCUGGUGCUUAUAUAUGUGGUGAAGAGACGGCUCUUAUAGAGAGUCUUGAGGGGAAACAAGGCAAACCCAGGCUGAAGCCUCCUUUUCCGGCGAACGCAGGUCUCUAUGGCUGUCCAACAACAGUUACAAAUGUGGAGACAGUAGCUGUUUCACCAACCAUCUUAAGGCGCGGACCAGAGUGGUUUGCUAGCUUCGGGAGGAAAAAUAAUUCUGGGACAAAGUUAUUUUGUAUCUCAGGUCAUGUGAACAAGCCCUGCACAGUUGAAGAGGAAAUGAGUAUUCCAUUGAAGGAACUAAUUGAGAGGCACUGUGGUGGUGUUCGUGGUGGAUGGGACAAUUUACUUGCCAUCAUACCGGGAGGUUCAUCAGUCCCGUUAAUCCCAAAGAACAUAUGUGAGGAUGUUCUUAUGGACUUUGAUGCGCUCAAGGCUGUUCAGUCGGGUCUGGGCACUGCUGCUGUGAUUGUGAUGGAUAAGUCAACUGAUAUUGUGGAUGCUAUUGCGAGGCUAUCUUACUUCUAUAAGCAUGAGAGUUGUGGCCAAUGUACUCCUUGCAGAGAAGGUACUCCGUGGCUUUGGAUGCUCAUGGAAAGAAUGAAGGUUGGAAAUGCAAAGCUGGAGGAGAUUGACAUGCUUCAUGAGGUGACCAAGCAAAUCGAAGGACAUACAAUUUGUGCAUUAGGCGAUGCUGCUGCCUGGCCAGUUCAAGGCCUUAUCAGGCACUUCAGACCAGAGCUCGAAAGGAGGAUCAGGGAGCGGGCAGAUAGGGAGCUACUGCUGGCUGCUGCAUCGUAACUAACUGUUUCGUUAAGGGAUACACAUUUGUCGGCUCCGAACUACAUAAUAAGAUUCGUGACAACCCGAGUUGGAGCUAGUGUUGUCUACCAUACGGGAAGUGUAUUUUGUUGUUGUCGAAGCUGUGUAUAGACACUGACCUCAUCAGUGAAACUAUGAAUUUAAUUCCGUUCUGAUUUUACGGUGGUGUGGAUUAUGUCGCUUGUAAUACCCCAAGAUGUUGGAGCACAAUUUGGCGCGUUUUAAGGGUUUUUCAUUUAUAAAUAAAGAACCUGCCUUCUGUCUACUCUACUUGUAGUUUUUAACAGUUCGACUGCAAAAUAUUUCAACAGUUUUUCUUUCUGAUUUGGUGUUUCUAUCUU